GUGGCCUGCGACAGGGCAGCACGCCACACCCCGGUCGCGCGGCUAAACUCAGUCUAGAAGCUGUUCGGAGGAAACAGACAGAUCUAUUUUUCGUGCCGCCGCAUGCCACCGCACCCCCCAUCACCAUGUCGCGUCUGUCGUCUGCCUCGACGCGGCAGAAGCUGUGCGUCGACUUCGCCAGCCUCAGACACGCCUGCCCCAAGGGCGUCUACGUGGCUCCAAUUCCCGAAGAGCCACUGCUCUGGACGGGCGUGCUGUUCGUUCGCAAAGGGCCGUAUGCCAAUGCCGUUCUGCGAUUCCAGAUCGACUUCGCCGGCGACUAUCCGCAGAGGCCGCCGCUGGUCACGUUCCAAAGUGAUGUCUUCCACCCGCUCGUGACGCCUCUCACCACGUACACCUACUCCACCCGAGAUGCAGGAGCUGACACGCAGAGUGCUGUCGACGAGCACCGUCUGCCACCUGGCGGCCUCAGUCUUCGUCACGGCUUUCCUGAGUGGUUUGGCGCCACUGACACCCAAGUCAUCCCGAGCGCGACUGCGUCAACUACGGAUGCCGGGUCACCUUCACAGCAGGCGGACGCCGCGCAGACGCAGAGCUUCAACGCCGCCGUGACCAAAUUCCCACACGUGAUCGAGCUGUUGCAAUAUCUGCGCAUUGUCUUUGACACCGACGAGGUGCUUGACACUAUUCCGCUGGCAGCCGCUUCCAAUGCUGGAGCAUGGCAUGCAUGGCAAAGUUUCCGAACCAAGAAGGCAGGUACAUCAGUUCGAGGUGCCAAGCCAGCAGGUGAGAGCAGCCAGCCUGGCAACGAGAGGAGCCUAUCGCCAAGACAGCAGCCGGGCGGCGCAAGACGUCCUGGGGAAUGGAAUUGGCAGGGAGUAUGGGAAGACCGAGUGAGAAGAAGCGUGCAGAGUACCCAGACGGAGCCGGCACUGUAUGGCGGUGACCACAAAGAUGUGAUCAGCUUUCAGAAGAUGGACGCGGAAGCAGUCAGCCAGAUCUCACCCAUCCAGCAGGCGUCUUGACGGCAGGAGCUCUUGUUGUACACGUAGACACCAGGUGGCGCCUGUCAUGAAUAUUUUUGGAAUUGGUCUUGCCUCGACCUUCAUACGCAACAGCAAACAAGUACUCGCUUUGCAAGCUUCGCUCACCACUGUCCAGGCUCACCAG